GAAGAUUAGAUGAUGAAAACUGAGAAAGCUGUUGGGGCUGGGCCCCAGCAGGUGUUCACCUGCACCCACGCCGGAUGUGGAGCCUGCUUCCCGAGGGAGUGGAAACUAAAGGCGCACGAAACUGUGCACACCGGAGAGCGUCCUUGCGCGUGCCCAACAGCCGGGUGUGGUCGUCUCUUCAAGAGAACAUCCCAUCUGAAAAGACACGUGCUCCAGCAUAAAGGAGUCAAAGGGUUCCAAUGCAAGUUUGCAAAUUGCGCAAAGAGUUUCAUCGACGCUCAAAGGCUGAAGAAGCACCAGAACAGCGCUCACGGGAACCACAAAUUCAAGUGUAAUCAACCCAAGUGCUCCUUGACCUUCAAGAAGCGCAGAUUGUUGAAGCUGCAUUUAAAGGAGCAUAAUGUCCAUCCGAACUUCAAAUGUUCUAACAUUAGGUGUACUGCAACGUUUGACUCCCAUAUUGCACGCAAAGCCCAUGAGAAGAAGCAUGCAGGUUAUAGUUGCCCUCACAAAGACUGCCAGGUUGUUGAACACACCUGGAGCAAACUUCAGAGGCACCUGGCCAAACACCCAGUCUCAUUUACCUGUGGCGUGUGCGAGAAGGUGUACGACAAAGCAGGUGCUCUGCGGCGGCACAAACGGAUCCACGCUUCCCAUAAACCUGUGCUGCUGUGUCCAAGAGCUAACUGCCAGGCCUACUUCACCACGACCUUUAACCUAGAGCAUCACAUUCGCAAAGUGCAUCUCCAGCUCCUGAAGUAUAAAUGUUUCUUCCCCGACUGCCCACGCUCAUUUGUUAUGCGGGAGAGCAUGCAUCGACACAUGGUUCAUCAUGAUCCAAGUGCCAUAACUGCAAAGAAACCUCAGAGGCCAAAGAAAUCCUGGCAGAAACGUCUGAAUGGACACAACCAGCCCUUUGUGGAGGAAAACCUGCAGCGGCUCUUCGCUCUGCGCAUGCGAAUCUCCAGACGUGCCAAAGUGGAAACCAACCUUGCCGGUCUCUUCAACGAGCGCAAGAUCCCUCAUUUCGUUGACCCAGAGGUCAACCUGCGUAACCUGUUUGGCAUCAAACCUCCCAUUCCUUUGGAAAGUCCUGCUGUGGCACCAGUUAAAUGAAAAUUCAGAUCUGAUGAGUUAUUUUAGGAAGUUGGGUCUUUUUAGUUUAAAUUGGGCAUUUAUGUUCAAAGAAUGUUAAAAUUUAAUUUCCUUUAAAGUAAAAGGCUAAAUAAAAAUGCUCUGUAGUGUUAUUGACCCAAUAAAAUGAGUUUUGUUUUGCUC